UUCCCUUCCCCUCCAGGAAGCGGGGUGAUCACGGGCGGACGAUGGAGCAAGGCAGCAGCCGCUUGGAGGACUCCCCUCUCAACGUGUUUUCCAUCACUCCUUACACACCCAGCACCGCUGACAUCCAGGUGUCCGAUGAUGACAAGGCAGGGGCCACCUUGCUCUUCUCAGGCAUCUUCCUGGGACUGGUGGGGAUCACGUUCACCGUCAUGGGCUGGAUCAAAUACCAAGGUGUCUCCCACUUUGAAUGGACCCAGCUUCUUGGGCCCAUCCUGCUGUCAGUCGGGGUGACAUUCAUCCUGAUUGCUGUGUGCAAGUUCAAAAUGCUCUCCUGCCAGGUGUGCAAGGAAAGUGAGGAAAGGGCCCUGGAUUCGGAGCAGACGGCAGGAGGACAAUCAUUUGUUUUCACUGGUAUCAACCAACCCAUCACCUUCCAUGGGGCCACUGUGGUGCAGUAUAUCCCUCCUUACGGUGCUCAAGAGCCCCUUGGGAUGAACACCACCUACCUGCAGCCAGUGAUGAACCCCUGUGGUCUCAUACCACCUGGAGGGGUGGUGAGCGCCAUGCCAAGCCCUCCUCAGUACUACACCAUCUAUCCUCCAGAGAACGCUGCAUUUGUUGGUGACCAAGACUACCCUUCCUUUGUGGCCAGUGGAAAUGAAAGAUCCAGCCCUGAUGCUAACCAGCUAGAAGAGACACAGCUGGGAGACGAGGACUCCGCCUGCUUCUCUCCUCCCCCCUAUGAGGAAAUAUACUCCCUCCCUCGCUAG